CUACAUUUGACCUCGGCCGCGAACAUAAAAAUAUGGACUCAUCAUCAAAGGAGAGUAUAGAGGAUAUCCCAUGGUACCACGCUAACCUGACAAGGAAUGGUGCCGAGGUGUUGCUGCUUGCUUAUGGCUGUGAAGGAAGCUAUUUACUGAGACCAAGUAAAAACAACCCAGGGAACUACACUGUAUCAGUCAAGAGUGUUGAUUCAGUAAGGCACUUUCCACUGGUUUAUGAUAAAAGAAAGUUUGUCUUUGGAGUUGGAGAAUUUUUUAAUGUUGAGCAGCUACUGGAACAUUUCCAGAAUUUUCCAAUCAUUGCAGGAGAUACAGGUCAAGCUGUUACACUUGCUUAUCCAUAUCCUUCUACGGUUAAGGAGCCAUCAGUAUAUGAGGACAUCACUAGACAUGUAGUGCGCGGGAGCUCUUUAAAGUGUCACACCUUUUCCAACCCAAUUUCACCUGAAAAGGUAUCAUCAGACAUGGAUUGGUCGGUUGCAUCAAAGGAAGGAUUUCUUACCAAAAGAGGAGCUGUUCAUAAGAACUGGAAGAGACGGUGGUUUGUCACAAAUAGAUAUAUGCUUCAGUACUAUAACCAACGAGGGGAUAAGAAACCUUUAAGAGUACUUGACCUCCGCCUAGCAGAAGAAGUCUUUAAAAAUGACACAUGUGGAAAGCCUAAUGCCUUUAGCUUAGUUUUCCCAGACAGAACGUUUUUUCUUUAUGCUGACUCUGUGCGGGAAAUGCAAGAAUGGAUUGAAUUGCUCAAAUGGAAAUUGAAUAAAGUGAAGCUAAAAACUCGCUGUGACACUUUAUAAAAGUGAAAGGAGGUAAUUAGCUAGCAGACAUCAAAACACUUAGGAAGUUUAAAAUAUUCAGUACAUACUAUAGCUAAGUUAUUAUGUAAAUAUUGUUCUCAGAGUUUUUUAUAUACUUUUGUAAACAUUUAAUACAUUUACUUAAAAGUGAUUUUGAAAAAAGUUAAUAUUUCCUAUUUACACAGACAUCUAUUGAUUAACUAUCUGUUGCACUUAAGUGCAGUUUUUACAAUAAGAAAAAGAAUGUUAAAAUUUUAAAAUAAAUUCUAGAAUACACUCUAAAAUGUGGUUUGAUGAUGACAAUAACAUGGUGACAUGAUGAUGGUUUGACUUUUCAAGGUAGAUUAUUGAUCUUGUGGGGGCACUGAUGUGCUGGGUACAAAAAUCAGAGCCCUCUUUUAACCAGAUUUUUAUCAUUCUUAGGAUUAAAGGGUUAAUGCCAUAAACUUCCAGUCUGUCUACUUACACCCAAUGGUCACCAUAUCUUCAUUAUUUGCAGGGUGGGAAAUUUUUUUAUAGAUUACUCGUAUUUGCUUACUUAGCUGUAUGCUACAAUCUGCAGGUAUUGCCACAUGUAUUAUAAAAAUUAUUGUUACUGUGUAUAUAUACAUAUUUUAGAAAGAUAAUAUAUUAAACAGUUGUUUUGA